CACUUGGUGCAACCUCAUUCCCAUCAAACCUCAUUUUUAUCAACCUUUUUAAAGAAAACAUAGGAGAGAGAAAGAGAAAGAGAGAGAGAGAGAGAGAGAUGGAGUACUAUGAGAAUGGUUUCUUGGAAGAAUUGUUAGCUUUGAGAAGUGAUUCAUGGGAAGCAGGUGAUAUUAUUCCUGUGGGAAUGGGAAUGGGAAUGAACAGGAAUAAUAUUGAUGAUUUCUAUUGUUACAAUAAUUAUUAUUCCAAUAAUAAUGUUGUUAAUGGGAAUGGGGGUUUUGAUUGUGUUGAGGAUGAGAAGCAGAUGAUGGUGCCAAUAAUUCCCGGCGGCGGGUGUUGCAGCGCCGCCACCACGACGGCGGCGACCACCGCCACCAGCACGGCCACCACCGCUUCUUUUGACGACUGCUACGCCAAUUAUCUGCCAUUUGAGCAGAGCUUCAACUCCUCUUCUUCCUGCUUCUUCAAUGACCUCUACACUGAGCUUUCCCCGCAACUCACUGAGUCGUCCAACAUCAAACUCGGCACCCCGCCGCCAUUUCCGGCCAGCUACCACGAGGAGCUCUUGUCGUCAUCGCCGGCCGGAAUCUUUGACGAGGAGGCUAAUAAUUGCUUCCAUAAUACUCAUUCGUGUAAAAUGGAGCCUGCAGUUUACCAGUACGGCGGCGGAGGCGGCGGCGGCGGUGGUGGUUGUGAGGUUGUGCAGCCUGGUGUGACCUUCAACAUUGGGUCAUCUGGCCCUGAGAAGAAGCCCAAAUCCAAGAAACUCCAUGGCCAACCUUCCAAGAACCUCAUGGCUGAGAGGAGGAGAAGGAAGAGGCUUAAUGACAGGCUCUCCAUGCUUAGAUCAAUUGUGCCCAAGAUUAGCAAGAUGGAUAGAACAUCCAUUCUUGGGGACACAAUAGACUACAUGAAGGAGCUGCUGGAGAGAAUAAACCAUCUGCAAGAAGAAAUGGAGGUGGGGCCAGAUCAACUCAGACUAAUGAGCAUCUUCAAGGAUGUAAAACCAGAUGAAAUGUCUGUCAGGAAUUCACCCAAGUUUGAUGUGGAAAGGAGAGAAGUGAGUGAUACAAGGGUGGAGAUUUGCUGCUCAGCCAAGCCUGGGCUUCUGCUAUCAACAGUGACCACUCUAGAGGCUUUAGGCCUAGAGAUUCAACAGUGUGUUAUUAGUUGUUUCAAUGACUUUGCACUCAGAGCUUCCUGCACUCAGGAAUUGGAGCAAAGGGGAGUUUUGAGUACAGAAGACAUAAAACAGGCAUUAUUCAGGAAUGCCGGAUAUGGAGGAAGGUGUCUUUAACUCUUUAAGUAGAGGAUAAAAUUUCGAAGAGAACAAAUUAGAGCAGGUCUAAAAAUCAUGUGGCCAGAUUAUUAUGUUUUGAAAAUGGUAGUUUCAAAUGAGAUCUGAGAUUGUACUCAAACUUUUUAUGAUAAUUGUUAUCCAAAAUAAAUGGAUUCCAUUAUUCCAAUCA